CAUCACCGAGCCAGCUGCUGCAAGCGUCCAAGAAAGACCGCCGCCAUGCGGGCCAUUGCGCUCUACGACUGCUUCGCCGAUGGCGAUGGCGAGAUCAGCUUUUCUGUGGGCCAGCUCAUCCUCGAAGUGACCCCGGACCCGGAGCCUGGCUGGUUCCAAGGCCGUCUCGAAAACGGCACCGUCGGACUAUUCCCAGGCAACUAUGUCCGGUUUGAAGAGGAUCCGCCCAAAAUCAAGCCAAACGCCGACGCAGCGCCCGUCUCGGCCGUGAAACAGGCACAACUGAACUUUGAAAAAAAGGAAACCGGGUCUUCCAACCCUCCGUCCGGUGGAUUGAAGCCAUCGGGAUCGUCGGGCUCCAUCUCCAGCUUGGCCACAGACUUCCGAGCCAAUCUCCGCAAGAUCAGCAAGAGCGACGAGCGGCCGGGGUCGGUAUCGGAUUCGGAGGUCCAGCGGAACAAGGUCAAUCCACAGUCCAUGCGCGCAGCGCUGGUGGAAAAGUCUGGACAUAUUGCCCUUUCGGGGAUGGAGCGAGCCGGCAUCAAGCCCAAGUCGCCCGAACCAAGCCAGAGCCAGAGCCAGAGCCAGGAUCCACGACCAAAUGCAGUCCAGCAAACCGGAAUCAAGUCGUCCUCAAGCGCUACAUCAUUGAGCUCUCUGGGGGACCAACCACCCUCGCUUCCUCGGCGGCCAACGCAGCCCGUCGUACCCAGCGCCGCCGCCUCGAGCACCGAAGAAACUCAGGAGUCUACGAGCGUGGAAGCACUUCGCAGCAAGUUUUCGGGCGGCGUCGCAUCCAAGCCCGCUCAGCCGCCGGUAGUUCCAGGCAAACCCGCUGAGAUCAAAGCCUACAAUGUCGGGGCAAAGGGCGGCAUCAAGUCCGACUCUGAAGCCGAUGAGGCUCCGCGCGCCCUGCGUCCAUCCGAGGUUAAGAAGCUGCAGGGACUAGGCAGUCCCGACGACACAACCAGCGCCCCGGCGACAUCCAAAGCACCGUGGUCGACAAAACCAUCCGAAAUCAAAGCAGCCCAGGUGCUUACGGAUCCUGAUGCUCUCGCGGGCAAUCCCUGGAAGGACAUCAAGGCUGUAUCGACCACUGCAAUUGCGACGGCACCUGCCUCCCAACAGACAUCGCCCGAGCCGCGAACCAAACCAGCGCCGCCUAUCACCCGGUCUUCCACGGAGCCAGCGCCCACCGCAUCGUCUGCCUCAAUCCAGCUUUCGCCUGCCAUCAAGCCGAAGCCGCCUGUGCCGCCGCCAUCGAGAGGUGUGAGGCCAAUCGAGUCGCCCAGCGCCACUCCGGCCCCUCCCACCGCCCCUGUAUCCAGUGGCGGACCGCCGCUCCCACCCCGACCUAACAUCAAGAGCGAUCUACCACCGCCCCUACCACACCGCAAGCCAGCAACAAGCGAUGUACAAACGCUCACUGCAGGCGCCAAGAAACGAUACGAGCGGCUCUUUGCCGAACUUGACAAAGCAGCGGCGGGAUAUCUAAAAGGCGACCAAGUCCGCACGAUCUGGCUCCGAUCCAUGCUCGACAACAAAACCCUAGGACUGAUCUGGAAUCUGGCGGACAUGGACAGCGAUGGCAUGCUGAGCAAGAGCGAGUUUGUAGUCGGAAUGUAUCUGAUAGAUGAACGACUGAGUGGGAACGCCGUGCCCGAGACCCUGUCAGCCGCCAUUGUGUCGCAGUCUCGAUAGUUGGCUGCGACUACCCGGCAGAACCAGACGACGGCGCCUUUGAUUGCAGUUUGGGCUGCGAUUUCUGCUUCCGUCGACAGCACCACACACAUGUACGAUACACCCAAGGCGCUUCCAAGGAAGGCGAGGGAACCCGACGGUUCAAAAGCGCUCCCCCUUGUCACUACCGAGCGGAAAUACAUCAUGUCCUGGAAGUCCGA